ACUCAAUUGUAAAUCUACCCUAGCUAAGCACAGAGAUAGAGGACCCACCAAAGGGAAUGCUCAAAUGCCGCAUAUCUUGAUACACAGUUGGUAUGAUCACUAGAGAGGAAUUCCAUGAGUCUCUUCCGACCAUUAUCAACCUUAUCCGCCCCUCGCUCCAAGUACUUUCGCUCCAGAAACUCCAGACCAAAAGCAAGUACACCAACGCCGAGUAUCUAGUCAUACGGUUCUACCCAGAAAAGACAUUUGUGGAUGGACACCCAGAAUGCUUCCUAAAACUAGUGGUGAGCUAUGAUCUCAACUAUCUGUGCCCUGUGAUAGGGUUUCAGGUGUUCCUGUACACCACGGAAGAAGACGACGAUUUGGGUGAGUUUUCAAAUCCCGAUGAGUUUGAUAGACUGGAAGUUGACUCACCAUGUAUGUCUAGCUUCUCCUUAAACUUCGAUGCCUCCUAUCUCUUUGAACAUGUCGUUCAUAGGGGAGUGACAGAAGACGAUCAGUUUGUGUUAGAGAACAUCUCGAUAAAACCGCAUCACCUAUUGCACAGCGAGAACUACUUUUUUAUCCAUCCCUGUAAUGUGAAAGCGACGUACGAAAUCUGUGAAGAUGGAGUAGCAGUGAAACAUGCGUGUCACCGUGGUGUCAGAUUCAUGGUCUGGUUCCUCCAGAUCUACGGGAGAGUCGUGGGGUUGAACUUGGAAUGGGACCUUGAAAAACUCGCGGGGGUGACUGCCCUCCAAGAAAAUAUGAUGACUCAAAACUAGCAUAAGUUAUAGCUAAUGCUCUGCGGAUUAGUACAAAAGUAAUGUUCGUAGCAACCUGGCCCACGUAGGUAGCUUGGACUAUACAUAUUCUUCGUCAAGCAUGAAUAAUGGAAUAACUAGUUUUAUUAUAACAACGUUAAAAGGAAAAUGUAAUGC